AUGGAAGUGUGCGACACGGGUUCGGCUUCCAACUGUUUUCCCAAUAGACCUUAUCAUAGACAACCGUACGAUUUGAGUCCAGCAGCUGCAGCAGCCGCAGCAGCAGCUGUAGUGGCUUCUGCAACUGCUGUUGGAGGUGUCGUGCCGAAUGUUGGUCUGCGAUUUGCAUACCCUGGCUAUUCGAUUCCAAGUUCGCAGUAUACCGCACCUUAUCAGGUACAACCGACUAACAAUUCGCCCUACGGAACUGAAACGACAAAUCACUCUCCGCAUUACAAAGAACAUUUUAUCGAUUCACGUAAACCGUUUGGACAGUAUGAAUCAUUACACGGGGUAGAAAACAACCAACGAGGUUACAGCGCACGCUCGAUUUCCGACACAAAUGACUAUUCCCAAUAUGUGAACCAUUACAACGCCAAGUCCAUGACAUAUCCAGUGGUUACUUCCCCUUCAGUAGCAGUUAGUGGUAUGCCCAUAUCUCAUGCUACCGCUGUUUCCAACCCGACCAAAGCGAUUCAGUCGAUAAACGAGUCACAGCGUGGUCAUUGUUCACCCUGGACACAAAUCCGCCCAAUGGUCACCUCAGCUGGCGAUUCGGGGAAGAAUUUGUCAGCUGACCACGGAGUUGGUGGAAUGCGCAAAGCAGUCGAUACGAUGCGAUUCACUUCGAUUCCCAGUCAAAUUCCCUCAGCGACUGGAGCGGACAUUCUGUUGCAUCACGCAACUAGUCUUUCUCAGUGGGAUGUGAAUGAUCCCAAACUACCAAAGAUUCGUCAGUUUGAUACGUUCACUAUGUGGCCUCAGGGACAUUGUCGAUUUGCUUACCAAAAAUCCGCUUCCGAAGGAGCUCGACGUCAUGCCAGUGGAUGGGCAAUGCGAAACACAAACAAUCAUAACGCACAAAUUUUGAAGAAAAGUUGUCUCGGGGUACUGUUGUGUACCAAUGAAGGAUGUCCAUUAGCUAUGCGACCUGCAAUAUGUGAUAAAGCCCGGCGAAGACAAGAAGGUCGCCCUUGUUGUAUGCCCAAUUGCAACGGACGAAUCUACAAUCAACCAUGUCGUGGUCAUGGAGGUUACCCGGUUACUCAUUUUUGGCGGGAACAUGGAGAUACUGUCUAUUUUCAGUCCAAAGGUACGCACGAUCACAUACGUCCAGAUUUGAAACCAGUUCGUGAUACGGCCGCAAGAAGGCGACGACAGAUUCAGUUGGAAAAGCUUCAACAAACCCGGAGUCUGACGAGCUCGGCGGAGAGUAAUGUUCGGUCUUCCGAGUGCUUAUCAACUCGUGGAAACUCGAGGACACGAGAGGUGACGCGUAUGGCUGGUUUGGUUAGAAAACGAGCAGCGGAACGCGUGGAAUCCAAAGUGAACGAUAUGCCACUGGGCGGAAAGUUACACCAAUCAGAAACCAAUUGGGCCUCUUCAGUGGAUCAAGGCAAAAUAGCGCGAACCACAUUGGGGACAGACAAGCCAACCUCUCCUACUUCCCUCUGUACAAAACCAGAACCAAUCUUCCCCAGUUCACCAGCUCUUGGUUCCUAUUCUGUCACCAGUCAUACCGGACAAAAUCCUUUGCAUUAUCAAGUUUCCCACGGAUUCGAUCCGACCAGAGACCACCAACAUCCCCACCUAUUUACUGCAUCCGUUCCAACCACUACAUCCCAUUCCAACACACAUUACCCUAUGAACGGUAUGUAUGCUGUAAGUCGAUUCCCUCCGCAUCUAUUCUGCCCACGUGUAGAAAAUUCCUCAGCCACACAGACCGAAAAUGUUCCAACUUCAACUACCCUGACAACCAGUUUUAUGAAAGAUCUCCUCUACGAGGAUGAGCUAAGAAAACCGGACAGCAAAACAACUUAUCCAGUGUACACAGAUCCGCCCUCGAUUUCGGUGAAGGCCCCUUUGGUGCAAAACAUCUUACAAUUGUCGCAACAUCAACCAAUACAACACACCAUAAUGGCCGGUCCCAACAGUGAGUCUACUUCCGGAGGUCUGAAUGCUUCAUGGUCCACACCAUCCCCACCGACUGGUGGAAGCUCCAGUCUGUUCGGUGCUAGCGAUAUUCGCAAUGUCGUGACAGCUGCAACCGGAGUGGAUGAAUGUGAACCGAAGGACAAGAUGAAUGUGAACUCACAAACAUGGCGAGUCGAUUCCUCGUGUUAUCAAGCACCCGUGCCAGGCCCAACUCACCUCACCUCACCCACACGUAUCCCUCCAGGUGGAUACGGGUUUUCCACACCGACUCACCCAGCUUACGGUAUCCAGCCACUGUCUGCUUUAGAGUCUCCGGACAAUCUGGUAGCACCAUCUUCACUCCUAAUGUCUUCUAGUACACCGUUAUCGAACGGCUCAAUUUUAGCCAGUCGAUUUGCUCACCAUCUAACACAGACCGGGGGGUCCUAUCCAACUGGUUACAUCACUCCGAUACCUUUCUACUCGAACAGGUCCGAUUCUCGCAGUACACGAGCAAGCAGUUCCAGUGGUGAAGCUACGAGUCAGGAAAGUGGUUCGAUCGUAUGA